AGGCGCCUUGAGACCGAAGGCACCCUUGCGAAUCCCUUGCUUCCUGUGCUGGUCUGAAGAGGAUGACUCCAAACAGUUCUCCAACUACGAGGACUUAGCUUUGUACAUCCAUCCAAAGUUUCGGCGCAUUUGCUUACAUGGGCAGGGCCAUCGGCCACCGAAUCUGCAGAAGAAUACCAAGGAGUUGGAGACGCUGGAUUCUUUCAUUGGUUCGAUGCAGUCCGGGGUUCUGUCCGCAGAUGCAGAUGACGACAAACCAGCGGCGAUCUACAAGGGCCAUUGGCUACCUGUGCCGCGGGAAAGCGCACCUGAACUGAAAGCGGGGCCGUUGAAGCUCAUAGUGGUGCCGGACCCCUUGGGUGAGCACGGCCCUUUGCCCGAGCAAGCGCUCAAGGACCGCCUGCGCUUCCCGGCGCAGGAGCCGCCGGAGCUCACGGCGCAACGGCUCAGCCUCUUCAGGCAGGUCACGGCGCUGACCUCGGAGGACUUCGCUCCACUGGGCGCUGUCACCGGUGUCAAAUUCCAGCAGGCGGACAAGCUCGUCAAGUGGCAUCCAGAGGUGAAGGAGCGGGAUGCAUCAACAGCAUAUGCAGUGGAUGCUGGUCGAAGUCGCUGGCUUCAGGCAGAAGAUGAGGUCCAGAUUGGCUGGUCGCAACUGGAAGAGAUGGCCCUGAAGCUUUUGGAGGAGAAUGUGGAGAUCACUCCGGAUGACAAUGUGGCCGUGCUUGGCCUAGGCACCUGGAAAACCGGGAGUCACGAUUGAUUCUUUGCAUUGCUUGUGGAUUGCACCACAGCUAGCUAACAUCAGGCAGCUAGCUUGUGGAUGUGAAGAGGUUUGCUCCCACCGUGAUGAAAGGAUGACCCCUAUACCAGGUGUAUCCAGGUACGAAAAGAUCAGACGUGGUGUGCUGAUCAGAAUCAAAAGGGUGCAGCUUUGGACGCGGUGGACUCGGGCGCAGCUUGCCACACAAGAGAAAGCUCCAAGAAUGACGAGAGCUCUUCAUAGACCCAGAAUAGGAAUGUUUUUCAGUGAGUACACAUGCCGCAUAAAGGUAAAUGGACAAGGGCUCUUCACAUCUCUGAAGGUUGAAGCUUCAGGAAGGUUUAAUGGAUACACAACUUUAUAGGGUUCUACUUGGCGCCUUAACCCAUGCGAUCUUCAUAGGCACUGGCGCCCACAUUGCCUUUGGCGUGGCUUUGGCACUCAUCGAGCACCGAAAUAUCAUGCCGGUGCCUGUGGCUGAGGGACCCGACCCGUCGAAUGGAUGGCGCAUCGGCGGCUCCACGGGCUCGACCUGGCCGCAAGUGGAUGAAGGAUGAUGAAGGAGUACCACUGAGCCACAUGCGCGUUGAUACCCAGACACUCCAUGGGACUGGUAUCUUU